UUCUACAAAGCUAUGUGAUUGAACAAAUUUGCAUAAACAAAUUGUUAUACAAAAGCUUGUCUGUAUUAAUUUUUCUAUAUAAUUUAUUUUGAUUCAGAAAAGGUUUAAGAGGCCAGGGUGCAGGGAACGUUCGGAAAUACUGCUGGAAAUUCACCGGUAGGAUUGGAACUCGCCGGCAAAUUAGCAGGCCCGACCCACCCCAAUCCCCAAAAGUAAAAAAUGGUAAGAGGCUGACCGAGGAUACAUACAUGUACAUGUACAUGUACUACUUGAUGUACAAUUUACUCUUUUAUGAAGCCAUCGCGAUACGAAGCCACCUUAAUGCUUAAUAUUGUAUUCAUGGCACUCUGACUCUGCCCAGCUUCGAAUUAGCCAAAGGCAAUCUGAGCUCAUAUAUAGCAACAAAAAACAAGACGAAGCUGCAAGGAAGCGACGGCUGACACAUGGGCGGUGCCCGACCCGAGCGUCAUUACUUCCUCACCAAUCCAAGGAUCCUCAUUGUCAUCGCAAUGGCUUCUCCACCAAGUUCCUUUGGGAGCAACAAGGCAUGGCUGACUGACCAGAUUGUCCCAUUAGUCUUACACUCACCUCAACAAUAAACAAAUGGGGUUAAUCAACCCAAAGGGCCUCUAUUUAACCUGAACCCAAAUCCCGUACUAUACACAAAUCAAGUCCACUCGCAUAGGAUACAAACUCUUUCUUCUCCCAGGCCACUCUGGUCGUCGUCAGAGCAAUGGUUCUUGGAGCGACGCUUGCCGCUGCGGCCUCAUCGGUGCCAUGGAGCUUCCUGCUCGGCGGUCUCCUGGGCCUGGCGCUCCUGUGGAAGGCCGGCCGGCUGCUGGACCAGAUGUGGUGGCAGCCUCGGCGGCUCGAGCGGGCGCUGCGCGCGCAGGGCAUCCCCGGCACGUCCUACCGCUUCCUCGCCGGCGACCUCAAGGAGUACGGCCGGCUGGCCAAGGAGGCCUGGUCCAAGCCUUUGCCGCUGCGGUGCCACGACAUCGCGCACCGCGUCAUGCCGUUCGUCGACAACCUUGUCCGGGAGCACGGCAAGAUGAGCAUGUCCUGGUUCGGCCCCAACCCCAAGGUGACCAUCGUCGAUCCUGAGCUGAGCAAGGACGUGCUGUCCAACAAGUUCGGUCACUUCGAGAAGCUCAAGUUCCCGGCGCUGUCCAAGAUGCUGGGCGGCGGCGUGGCGAGCCACGAGGGCGAGAAAUGGGUCAAGCACAGGAGGAUCCUCAACCCUGCAUUCCAUCUUGAGAAGCUCAAGCGCAUGCUGCCAGCGUUUUCUGCGUGCUGUGAAGAGCUAGUCAGCAGGUGGUCGGAGUCCCUCGGCUCGGAGGCUUCGCUGGAGCUGGACGUUUGGCCUGAGCUGCAGAACCUCACUGGAGACGUCAUUUCUCGCACCGCAUUCAGCAGCAGCUACCACGAAGGAAGAAGGAUUUUCCAGCUGCAAGCCGAGCAAGCUGUGCUUGUCAUGACCAACAUUCGGAAGAUUAUGAUUCCUGGUUACAUGUCCUUGCCAACCACAAGCAACAGAAAGAUGCGCAAGAACAACAAAGAGAUCGAAUCAAUUCUAAGAGAAAUAAUCGGGAAAAGAAUUCGAGCAAUGGAACAAGGCGAAAGCACCAAAGAUGACUUGUUGGGCCUACUCUUGGAGUCAAACAUGAGAGAAACAGAAGAGAAUGACCAAUCGAGCAUGGGGAUGACAAUUGAAGAUGUUAUCGAGGAGUGCAAGGUGUUCUAUUUUGCAGGAAUGGAGACCACAUCGGUGCUGCUCACGUGGACAAUGGUUGUACUAAGCAUGCACCCAGAGUGGCAGGACCGUGCGAGGGAGGAGGUGCUAGGUUUGUUUGGCAAAAACAAGCCUGAGUACGAAGGCUUAAGCCGCCUCAAAACUUUGACCAUGAUCCUUUAUGAGGUUCUCCGGUUGUACCCUCCAGCCAUUUCUUUUGUCCGGAAAACAUACAAGGAGAUGGAGAUUGGAGGCAUCACCUACCCUGCCGGUGUGAUCUUGGAGCUGCCCGUGCUCUUCAUUCACCAUGACCCGGAUAUCUGGGGAAGUGAUGUGCACGAGUUCAGGCCAGACAGAUUUUCUGAAGGGAUCUCCAAGGCGUCCAAGGACCCAGGCGCAUUCCUCCCGUUCGGUUGGGGCCCACGCAUUUGCAUUGGUCAGAACUUCGCCUUGCUAGAGGCCAAGAUGGCGCUGUCCAUGAUCCUUCAGCGAUUUGAGUUCGAGCUAGCACCGUCAUACACUCAUGCGCCACAUACCGUGAUAACACUACAUCCUAUGCAUGGUGCCCAAAUUAAGCUCAAAGCAGUAUGA